GAGCAGUGUCCGGGCAGGGUCCCCAGGGUGCUGGGUAGAGACACAGCUUUGGUUUUCCUUUGUCUGUCCAGGUUAAGAGCGUAUGUUUAAUUUUUAGGACCCCUCUGCAUCUCGCUGCGGCAAAUGGCCAUGCAGAUGUCGUUCGAUAUCUGAUGAGAAAGAACAGCCAGCCGAACCUCGCUGACAGCUUCAAGAGAACGGCACUGAUGAAGGCAGUACAGCAGGAGCAGGAAGAAUGUGUUGCUGUUCUGCUGGAACACAGUGCCAACCCGAAUCUGGCAGAUGCUGACGGCAACACUGCCCUUCACCUGGCUGUGCUGUCUAAAAAUACAGCUGUAGCAGGGCUGUUACUCCAGCAUAAUGCCAAGAAUGAUGCUCAGAACCAGGUUGUUGAACUUUCCCAGCAGCUGGAGAUGGAGCCUAAAACAGGCAUGCAGCUGGAAGCCCAAACUGAGGAUUUGAAAGAAGAGCUGUCCACUCUGCACGGGAUGUUUGAACAACUGGAGGUGGACAAAUGGCAGCUGCGUGAAGAGGUGAAAAAACUCUACCAUCAUUGGAAGAAUGUCAUGCUGGAUGGCAGCCAAACAGAACAACGUGAAAGAGAUGUGGAAGAACGAGCUGAGCAGGAAAUAAGACAAAAACUACAAGAAGUCAAUCAAUUUUUGCAAGCACAGACAGCCCACCAGGACACAUUAGAAAAAAUCAGAAGCAGUCAUUUUGACUCACUGAAAAACCAGUUAGAAGACAGAAUUAGAGAUCUUGAACGUGCACUGGGAAGGACAAAAAGCAACCAACAAGAAAGACCUUUUCAAAAAGAAUCCAGACAGCCAGAAGUGGACAAGUACAAAGAGCUGUACCUGCAGGAAGUGAAAACCAGCAAAAGCCUCGCAAAGAAACUGGAAAGAGCCAAGGAGAGACUUGAAGAGGCCAACGCGAAGCUCCUUUGGGAGCGCCAGAGAAGCAAAUCUGCAGCCACAAUCAGCGAUGUCAGGAGACAUCUGGCUGCAGUUCCACCUCUGGAUUCAGCUGGCCUGGGACACCUUGGGAACCGUCUGGGACUGGGCAGAACUCCCGGCCUCAGAACACACCCCAGCCACAGGUGGUAAAGCCAACGACUUUUGGUCAGCAGGUUGGUACAAAUUUUCCAGUGUGGGAAAGGACAGAAAAUGUUGAAAUGGAAGCACUGAGCUGUGUAACUCCAUUCUUUUACAGAACAACUGUUGCAAAGAGCACUGUGAGGCAGGAACUUCCCACCUAAGUUCGACACUAAAUUUACAUGUCCGGUCUGUGUGACCUGUUUCAAAUGGCUGAUGUC